UGUAGCCUGACUCCUCGCGGUGCUUCCAAGGCGGCAGAACUUCGGGUCCAAACUGGGCCUGGCUGGCUUUUCCAGGCAAGAUCCAGGAACCCCUUAAAUAAUCCUGGCAGUGACCCGGGAGACCCGGUGGCAGCCCAGCGUCCAGGAUGUUCACUCUGACCAAGGCCUUGGAAAAGGCUCUUCUCCAACAUUUCAUAUACAUGAAGGUGGACAUCGCCUAUGCCAUCAACAAGCCGUUCCCCUUCUUCGAAGCUCUCCGGGACAAUUCCUUCAUCACUGAGAGAAUGUACAAGGAGUCUCAGGAAGCCUGUCGGAAUCUGGUCCCUCUGUCCAAAGUGGUGCACAAUAUCCUCACCAGUCUGGAGCAGACUUUCCACCCGUCCAUGCUGCUGACCCUCUUCAGCCAGGUCAACCUGCGGGAAUACCCCAGCCUGAUGGCAAUUUUCAAAAGCUUCAGAAAUGUUGGCUAUGCCUACGAAGAGAGAAACAGACCCACCCUGACCUUUCUCGAAACCCCAGGCAACCCAGCAGAAGGGUGCUCCCUUCAGACACUUCUGCCACCGCCCCCACCCCAGCCAUCGCUGCCAAGCUGUCUGUCCUCUGCACGGAGAGUCUGUGACCCCAGAGCACCCUCACAGCCAGUCCCUGAGAUCCAGGAGGAGCAGCCCAGCCCUGCUCCCCGAGCCGUGCCUCUCCCUGGCCGCAUUCAAGAAGGAAAAACCACUCCAGUGUCCUCCGGAGAUCACCAGAGAAAAGAUAAGGAAGGCGCUCAAGAGAUGCCCCACAGCCCCUCAGGGCCCGGGUCAGUUGUCAAAGACCACAUAACAUCCAAGACUAACAAGCAAGAUGACUCGGGAACACAGCCUCCAGGCUCCCCUGGCACCGUGCAUGCGAGACAAGAUGAUUCUCCAGCACCAAAUAACCUGGAAAUGCCCCAGGAAGUACUCUGUACACCUGCAAACAAGAAAGCAAGAAAAAGAAAAAGAAGAAGUUUCAUCUGUUCUUAUUCCAAAAGAAGACGGCAGAAAAAAAAGCACCCCCAAGAUGAGAUGAUGGGAGCGGCCUCACCUGAACAUGGAGUUCAAAAGAAGCUCAAGGUGGUGAGUCGGAAGACUCUGAGGAAGAAUGACUCAACUAGGAACUUGAAGGAUGUGACCAAGACUCUGAGGGCAAGGGCGAGCUGUGCCCAGACAUCCAGUUUGCAAGAGGUCAGCAAAGAGGCCAAAACACCAAGUGGUAGAAAGAGGCCUGGGAAGAGAUUCAGCACAGCAGGAAGAGCCACACCUGUUCCAGAAAAGGUCAAGGACGACGCUGCAGAUUUUCUCUCUCCCAUGCUCCCUGUGACCUGUGGUAAGGCCGAAGGGACGUUGUUCCUAGAGAAACUGAAGCAAGGAUCCACAACAAAGUGCAUUCAGCAUGAAUCAGGAACUUGGCUCAACGUAAAGGAAUUUUUAAUUGAAGGGGAAAGGGCCACGUCAAAAGACUGGAAGAAGGCUAUACAUUGUCACGGGAAGAGUUUAAGACUUCUGGAGCAGAAAGGACUUUUGUUCUGUACCUCCAAGAGGAAACCUCUCAAGAAGCGUGCCUAGUGGAUGACCUCCUGACCUAUGCUCAGCUGCUGUGCGUUCUCUCUCUCUCUCUCUCUCUCUCUCUCUCUCUCCCCCCCCCCCAUCUCUCAGUGUCUGAACUUUGCCUUCAAGCCUCUGAGCGUCCCACCUCUGAGGCCCUUCGUGCUCAUACAGGGCGGCUCAUCACAGCUGGCCCAGCACGCUCACGAGGCCUUCAUCCACAGCUGACUUGCAAUGGAAAAGUGCAAGAAUCAUGGAAAAAUAAAGCUGUUGGUAUAGA